AUUUGGAGCUGGUUGCACAGGAAUUUCCCGACAUCCCCCACAGGCGGCAUAUGCCUGUCACCGCAGCAGCAGCAGCAGCCUGACACUAGAGACACCACAAAAGGGGAGGGCGCAGAGUAAAGGUGGCAGAAGAAGACGGACUGGCAGCUGCUAUACCCUGAGAGAGCAAAGUGUUGCAGGUACCCGGGACUCAUGCUGCGCCCAUUGCUGCUCUGCCUCCUGCUAACUCUCCCUGCAGCAGCUUUUGCCCCUGUUCCUUGCCACUCCGAUUUGUUGGUGAGGAUAUCACAGUGAUGUCUGCAUUCAACCUGCUCCAUUUGGUGACAAAGAGCCAGCCAGUGGCCCUGCGGGCCUGUGGGCUUCCCUCAGGGACACGGAAGGAGAAAAAGACAUGUAAGGUGGUGUUUACUGAGCAAGAGCUAAGAAAACGACUGACACCUAAGCAAUACCAUGUUACCCAAGAAAAGGGAACAGAAAGUGCCUUUGCUGGAGAAUAUACACACAACACAGCAGCUGGGAUAUACAAAUGUGUAGUCUGCGGGGCAACUCUUUUUAGAUCCGAAAAAAAAUUUGACUCCAACUCAGGUUGGCCCUCAUUUUAUGAUGUAGUCAAUCCAGAAGCAAUAACACUUACUGAUGACUUUUCACAUGGGAUGCACAGAGUGGAAACAAGCUGCAGUCAGGAUGCCGUUGCUGGUCUUCUGACUGCCUGUCACUGGUAUCGCACCCAUUCAGAGAUUGUGGUGCACAUCUUGGUCACGUCUUUGAUGAUGGGCCCCGUCCAACUGGUAAAAGAUACUGUAUAAACUCUGCAUCGUUGAACUUCAUACCAGUGGAGACAUGUGAAGCGGCAGAAAGCAGCACCUCAGACCCACCCAGAAAAGACUGAAUUCUAAUAAUAGACACAGCUACAGUAACCUGCAGUGUAAUAGCCAUUAUCUGGACUGUGCAUUCUCUUACUAGCCUAGAAAAAAUAGGACCCAUAAGUCAUAAUACAUUUUCUGUACAAUAUAGACACCACUAUUUUUCUGCUUUUGCAUAUAAUUUAUGAUUUAAACUCUGCAUUUAGUGGAGUUGUCGAUAAUUAAACAUGUUCUCCCAUGUAGAGCGAAGAGGCCGAUCCUCUUAGUUACCCCCGCGUCCCUGAAGAUGAGAACCUGAUCACCUGAAAUGAUGCUGGUCUUCUCUGCUAUAGAACUCUCUGCAGAACAGGUUCAUGAGGAAAACACUGGGGACAUAUUUAAUUAAUGACAGCUCAACAAAACUUGAAUUGCCUUUAAACAAUAACUCAUUUUCAGUGAUGUCAUUGAUGUGUAUACAAAAUGAAGGUAGCAUAGUGUGUGAACUAUAUCAAAAGCUUAUGAUUAUCUUAUUACUCAAUGAAACACAGUGGGCCAAAGUUUGUUCUUGCAAGAAAAAAUAAAUCACAUUAUAUUAGGUAUUCACCUAAAAAGCAACAAA